AUGGCGAACGAUACGAGCAAGCUACUGUUGUCUUCACAACAAGAAAAACCCAAUCAUUAUACCUACCUGAAGGAGUUCCGCGUGGAGCAGUGCCAGUCGUUCCUGCAGCACAAAUGCAAUCAGCAUCGUCCGUUCAUAUGUUUUAAUUGGCAUUUUCAAAAUCAGCGGCGUCGGCGACCCGUCCGUAAACGCGACGGCACCUUCAACUACAGUGCGGAUAAUUAUUGCACCAAAUACGAUGAGACCACAGGCAUCUGUCCCGAAGGCGACGAAUGCCCCUUCCUGCACCGCACCGCUGGCGACACCGAGCGACGCUACCACUUGCGUUACUACAAGACAUGUAUGUGUGUCCAUGACACGGACAGCCGGGGGUACUGCGUCAAGAAUGGUCUGCACUGCGCCUUUGCCCAUGGAAUGCAGGAUCAGCGGCCACCCGUGUACGACAUCAAGGAGCUGGAGACCUUGCAGAAUGCGGAAAUUACCCUCGACAGCACCAAUGCCCUGAAUGCCCUGGACAAAGAGCGCAACCUGAUGAACGAAGAUCCCAAAUGGCAGGACACCAACUAUGUGCUGGCCAACUACAAGACGGAGCCUUGCAAGCGUCCACCACGCCUGUGCCGACAAGGCUAUGCCUGUCCACAGUAUCACAACAGCAAGGACAAGCGUCGAUCGCCGAGGAAGUUCAAAUACAGAUCAACACCUUGCCCCAAUGUGAAGCACGGCGAGGAAUGGGGCGAGCCGGGAAAUUGCGAGGCCGGCGACAAUUGCCAGUACUGUCACACUCGCACUGAACAGCAGUUCCAUCCGGAGAUAUACAAGUCCACCAAAUGCAACGAUGUACAACAGGCCGGCUACUGUCCACGCAGCGUAUUCUGCGCCUUUGCCCAUGUCGAACUUUGUGUAAUGGCCGAUGAGAAGACGUGGGAACAUGAACUUUCGCUUCGUGACCUCAUUUCCAACGCCUUGCCCGACUUACAGCCACGGGAUGUGCACCAUUUGGGCGAUAAUUUGUUGAACAUUGAACAUGGUAAUAGUACCAAUAAAAUGUUGGUAGAUGCUUUGGAAAAUACAAGAAAUUCCAGCAAAUUAUUAAAUUUCUCACGACCCCUGGACAGUCGUUUAGCUUGCUCACUGGAAGAUCCACGCGAGAACUCACUGUCGUCGAGUCUGGCCAAUACUAGCUUAUUAACACGUUCCUCGGCGCCAAUUAACAUUCCUAAUACGACACUAAGUAACUCUAUUAAUGAUUUCAACUCGGGUGGCUUUGCCGUCAACAUUCCCAGCAGCUCGCUCACCUACAGUCCAACCAAUCACGCCAAUCUCUUCGCCAUGGAUGCAUUCAACUACGGCGGAUCCAACAAACUAAGCAAUUCGCUCUCGGCUGCCACACAGAACGACAACAGCCUUUUCUUCCCAUCGCGUAUCAUGUCCCCUGGCUUCGGCGACGGCCUGUCCAUUAGUCCAUCGGUCAGAAUAUCCGAAUUGAAUACCAUACGUGACGACAUCAAUAGCAGCUCGGUGGGAAACAGCUUGUUCGAAAAUACCUUGAAUACGGCCAAGAACGCUUUCAGCUUGCAAUCGCUUCAGUCGCAGAACAACAGCAGCAUUACCAACGAUUUGCUUACGAAGAACGCCCAGAUCCACAAGCUGAGCAAUCGAUAUGACGAUGUGGUCUGUAAAUUAAAGAUUGCCGAACUACACCGCGACAAGGCCAAGCAGGAAGCCUUGGAGUGGAAGGAGCGCUACGAUCUGGUUCAGAUGCAACUCAACUUGCCGGCUGAGCUGCGAGACUUGUCCAUUCAGAAAUUAAAGCAAUUGCAGUCAAAGCUGCGCACCGAUUUAGAGGAGGUUGACAAAGUAUUAUAUUUAGAGAAUGCAAAGAAGUGCAUGAAGUGCGAGGAGAACAAUCGCACCGUCACCCUGGAGCCGUGCAAUCACUUGUCCAUUUGCAAUACUUGCGCCGGCUCGGUCACCGAGUGCCCCUACUGCCAGGUGCCGGUGAUGACAACACAUACCUAGAAUAUGUUCAAUCAGCAACAGGGCGGCCACAACUGGCCCUUUGGCUGAGAGAUCGGAUAUUAACACGCGCCCAUUGCGCGAACAGCAUGACAAUGUGCAUGACACACAAAAGAAAACUUUAGUUUUGUAAGCGAAAUGUUGAAACUUCUGAUCGAAGGCAUAUGUCAAACCUUUCUAAUGAGUUAUGUAUACUUCAGCUCUAUGCAAAUUAAUCAUGAAUAUUAGCAAUUACUAGGCACAAACUAUUAAUUGAAUUAGCUAGCUGCUCUUAACAAUUAAGUUAUAUAUUUUACUUUGUGGU